AUGGGUCCUCAAACGACGGCCCGCGAGCUGCAUGUGGCUGCCGAAGCCAUUAAUCCUGCCCAUGCAGGACCACGAAUCUGCUCUGCUACCACAUCGCCCCGCCCGCCCUUUGGCCGAACGCAGGAUUUACCUUCGCAAGUCCAGCGGACUGGAACUGAAAGACUUCUGCAUGUUUUCUUCCAGUGGGAAUCCAUGAAAUCAAUGGCUUGGCACCAGCGGGGCUGCAUCAGAGUGAUCCAGGCCAGGUUUUUCUUGCGGUACGGGAUUGAGUGGACGUCUAACCCUCUCGCUUUUUUUUUUUUUUUGUCUCCAGGACAAGCAACUUCAGAACCAGCCAACUUUUGCUCCUCAGCUCCAUGUAAGAAUGGAGGGACCUGCAGAGACCUGGAAAGUGGCUACCAGUGCUUCUGCGCCCAGAACCCCGUAGCUUACGUUGGAAGAGACUGUGAGUCGCCAGCUGAGCCAUGCGAUGGACAUCCUUGUCCACCCGAGUGGAGUUGCAGUGGGACACCUGGAUACCUGAAUUACACUUGCCACUGUGGAUCAAGCUUGGCAGAUGCCUCCUGUCGAUCUCAAGGGGAUGAGUGCAAGGCUAACCCUUGCCCUUGGCCUGGUUUUGAGUGUGUCAGUCUCCAGGAUGGGUACGCUUGUCACUGCCCGAGUGGGAACCAUUGUCUACCGAGCUCUUCCAUUUGUUCAAGUCAACUUUGCAACAACGGCACCUGUCUUGAGAACGGCGGGACGUACACGUGCCAGUGCCCGGCUGGCUACACUGGUACCCACUGCGAGGAGGAGGUCGACGAGUGCGCCUCCAACCCCUGCCAGAAUGGAGCCAUCUGUCUUGACCGCGUCAACGAAUACAGUUGCUUUUGCGUGCCUGGCUUUCAGGGCUACCGCUGCGAAAUUGACAUCAACGAGUGCGCCUCCCAACCUUGCCAACACAACGGCACCUGCCUCAACGAGAUAGACCAUUACGUUUGCCAGUGUCUGCCCGGCUACACAGGUAACUGUGGACGUCUCACCUUUCUCAGAUUCUGGGAGGUGGCCUUCGGUGAUUCGCCAGCCUCCCAUCAAUAUUUUUCAGUUGCCAUCCAUCUCUUAAUUGGGGAUGACCAAAUUGCAGAACAGCCAUGCUGGGGUGGUGGUUAGAAUGCGGCAUUGCAGGCUAAUUCUGCCGGCUGCCAGCAGUUUGAUUCUCACCAGCUGAAGGUUGACUCAGCCUUCCGUCUUUCCGAGGUCAGUAAAAUGAGGACCCAGAUUGUUGGGGGCAAGAAGCUGAUGCUGUAAAAGCUUAGAGAGGGCUGCCAAGCCCUAUGGAGAGGUAUAUAAGUGCUAUUGCUGUCUGUCUGUCUGUCUGUCUAUCUAUCUAUCUAUCUUUCUAGCUAGCUAGCUAGCUAGCUAUUUAGCUAUCAAUCUGUCUAAUCUCUAUAUCUAUCUAAGACCUGUGGUGGCUCAGUGGUUAGAAUGCAGUAUUGCGGGCUAAUUCUGCUGACUGCUAGCAGUUCGACUCUCACCGGCUCCAGGGGGACUCAGACUUCCAUCCUUCCAAGGUCAGUAAAAUGAGGACCCAAAUUGUUGAGGACAACACACUGACACUGUAAACUGUAAAUCGCUUAGCAGGGGCUGUAGAGUACUAUGAAGCAGUAUAUAAGUCUAAGUGCUCUUGCUAUCUAUCUCUAUGUCUGUCUGUCUGUCUGUCCCUCCAUCCAUCAUCCCACUAUCUAUCUAUCUAUCUAUCUAUCUAUCUAUCUAUCUAUCUAUCUAUCUAUCUAUCUAUCUAUCAUCUAUCUAUCUAUCUAUCUAUCUAUCUAUCUAUCUAUCUAUCUAUCUAUCUAUCUAUCUAUCUAUCUAUCUAUCCUCUAUAUCUAAGAGCUGUAGUGGCACAGUGGUGAGAAUGCAGCAUUGCAGGCUAAAUCUGCCGAUUGCCAGCAGUUCGACCCUCACCAACUCAAGGUUGAUUCGACCUUCCAUCCUUCCGAGGUUGGUAAAAUGAGGACUCAGAUUGUUCGGGGCAAUAUGCUGACACUGUAAACUAUAAACUGCUUAGUGGGGGCUGUAGAGUAUUAUGAAGUGGUAUAUAAGUCUAAGCGCUAUUGCUAUCUCUCUAUCUGUCCAUUG